AUGGCCGGAAGCUCAAUCGAUGGAAGGGGCUUCUUGCUCCCCUUACUCGCUUUCUGCGUUCUCGUCAUGCCUCGGCUUGCGAUUGCGCAGACAGCAUCGCAGACCGAAUCGAUACCUGCCAUUAUGCCCACAUUAGCUGGUCCAGCGAAGCCAAGAACAACGCCUUGGGAAGAGCUCUGUACAACAAGGGGUCUCAUUGCGCCCUGGAUGUCCUACUCGGCCUGCACAAACUCUGCGAUGCUAGCACAGCUGACAAAAAGCGAUUGUUCGCCCUACGCAACUCGUACACUUAAAGAUACGGACGCCUCCGGCGUCUUGACUGAUUGUUUAUGCCCAGCAUACCAAACCAUCGGACGAGAUUGCCUCACGAUUGUUUGUCCGACAGAGGCGGCGAACCUAUACACUCAACAACUCCUUCAAGGCGUCUGCCCAGGGGUUACCGCCACUGGCAAUGUCAAUGAUACCUUCCCGACUCAGACUACUAUGUCAAAAGUCACAGGCAGUGCAGCAGCUGCGGAAACAUCAAGCAAGAGUGGGCCGGACGGCGCCGCAGGCAUGUUGGCUAUCCCUUUAAGCUUUUCUAUCGCUGCCACGAUAGCAGUAGUUCUGUCCUCAUUUAUCUGA